ACCGAAGUUAAUUAAAUGCCGGGCGCUGAGCGCUUUACCUUGCACCUCUCUUCUCUCCUUCUCCUUCCUCCGGGAGGAGGCGUGCCCAGUACCUAUCUGCGUUCUGUGCAGUCGUUGGUCGAGCCUGACGCCCGUCGCUGCCAAGUCCCGCUCAAGCCACGCCCCCACGCCGACCGCACGGCCGGGAGAGGGCGUGGCCAUUGUCCUGCCGGAGGGUCGGGACCUUCUCCUCUCGUGAGAAUCGGGACGCGCUCGAGGGCCGGCCCUGGGUGGGUGGCAGCGCGGUCCGCUGUCCCACGGAGCAGCUGCACGCCGCGCCCCGCCCCCUCGGCACGCAGGCUCCGCGCGAGCUCGCGCACGCGCGCGCGCACCCGGCAGCGCCUCAGUCUGGCGAGCCGGGACCGGGCGGGCGGAGGCCGGGCCGCUGAGGUACGAGGGGAGGAGCCCGAGCCGCCGCCGCCGCCGCUGCCGCCGCCGCCGGAGAGGAGCAUGUCCGCAAGUCGGGCCAAGAAAGUGAAGAUGGCCACCAAAUCGUGCCCCGAGUGCGACCAACAGGUUCCUGUUGCAUGUAAAUCAUGUCCCUGUGGUUAUAUAUUUAUUAGCAGAAAACUUUUAAAUGCAAAGCACCCAGAGAAAUCACCAACUUCUACAGAAAACAAGCAUGAGGCCAAGAGGAGGCGAACAGAGAGAGUUAGGAGAGAGAAGAUAAAUUCUACAGUAAAUAAGGAUUUAGAAAACAGAAAAAGGUCUCGAAGUAACAGCCAUUCAGAUCAUAUCAGACGAGGAAGAGGAAGACCUAAAAGUGCAUCUGCCAAAAAACAUGAGGAAGAAAGAGAGAAACAGGAGAAGGAAAUUGACAUCUAUGCUAACCUCUCUGAUGAAAAGGCUUUCGUGUUUUCAGUCGCCUUGGCAGAAAUAAAUAGGAAAAUUAUCAAUCAAAGACUUAUUCUCUGAUAUUUGUCUGCAGAAUGUAUUGCAACUUUCUUCAGGAUUACAUCAGCAAAUUCUCACCCAGUUAUAGACUCUCAGGAGCGUUCUGACGGCAUCGAUAAGGGCCACUGAUUGGUUUUCCCCAGCAUUUAGCCUGUGCCACACUUUGGGAGCAAAGCUGUAGGCUUGGACUGUUCUGGAAUUUCCUUGUUUGUCAAGGAGUAUUGUCAGUGUUUUGUGUUUGGGAUAUAAGUAAGUGUAUUUACAAAAAAAAAAAGAUGGCUGAUAAAGGUUAAAAGUGUAGGGAUGGGAAUGGAAAUAUGAAAACUAGGGAAAUAAAAUGCUUGAUAAUUUUUCAGGUUUGCCACCAGAGAUGCAAUAUUUUACAUAUUUUGAGGAAGACUUUUAAAAAAUAUAUAUUUCAGACUUUCAGCACUAACAGAUUGCAUAUAUACAAUUCAUUUACUUUUAAUAAAUUGGCAAUUGAUAUUUUAUUGAAUGGGAAAUUAAGAAUAUAAAUUGUAAAUUUUGUCUUAAAUUGAUUUUUUUCUUGGCCUUUUAUUUUUAUGACUGAAGGUAUGAGUUAUAUUUUGGGAGAUACUUUCUAGGCAAUUUGGAAGUUUGGGUGCUAUAUGAAGAAAAACAUUUAAGGAUAUAUGAUACUUUAGAUAUAAACAUCUUGUUUUCUUGAAUGUAAUUUAUUUAUUGGUUUAAAAAAAAACCACUUUUCUGCUCUCAAAAUGGUGCCUGUUAACCUAAACAUAAAAUAUAUUUAUUACAUGCAAAAUAUUUCUUAGAUAGCCACUUUUAAGCAGUAAUGUUUUAUCUGAAUGGAUGUUCAUUUAUACAUCCUAGUAAUUAUUUAAAUUGUUACUUAACCUCACUCUGGAAGAAAAAAUAAACCUUAAUAUUGAAACUAAUAGAUGAAAUAAUGUGGUGUAAGCCUCUUGUUCUAGUGAAGUUUGUGAAAUAUAUUUAAAUUCUUAAUUUUUCUAGUGUUAAAUGAUAAUUGUUUAUAGUUGCUUUAUUUUAUAUUAAAUGCUUUUGUAUUUUUGCGUAUUGAUUUAAUGAUUAACAUAUUCAGACUUGACAAGAACUUCCCUUAUUUUAACUACCCUCCUCUGCCAAAUCUGUUUAGAAGUCCUAAAGCCUAAUUAGGGAAGGCCAUCAGUUAGACUUAGCCACCUUAAGAGAAUUUCCCUUUUUUUUUUU